AUGCCAUCCUCGCCGCAUCCACACCGUGCACCGGCACAUCAACUGCAACAUCCAGAUCACGCCUCAUACUCUCCAUCACCGCGAUCAACUCCCCUCUACUCGUCAACCGCACGCUCCUCGCAACUCUAUCGCAGCACAUCCAACGCAUCCAGCCCGGAAGCAUUCAGCGAGCACGAUCCGAACAAGAAAGGUGUCAGCGACUAUCCAGGAUCCUCCUCUAGAGCAGCAUCUACCUCCCGUGUGUCUUCAGCAGCCUACGAUGCAGCUCAAUUAGCUGGCCCCUCGCCAUCCAAACGUCGCAAGGCAUCUUACGACUCUCCCACUCUGCCUUCUGCAUCACAUUCGCCGGGACGCACAGCCAAGACGGCAGCCAUGGAAGCCGACGCCAAUGCUGCCGAUGCCAAGGGGUCUACCAGGGUAGCCAAGGCAUGCCAACCAUGCAGCACCAAGAAGCGUAGAUGCGACGGUCGUCAACCAGAGUGUUCGGUGUGCCAGGUACUUGGAACGCCUUGCACCUACAACCACACUGGUCUAAAGCGAGGACCACCUAAAGGCUUUCGUUCGGGGCCCAAAGAGUCGGCAAGGGCCAAGCUGGUUCGCACGCUCGAAACCACGAUUCGCGAUCUUGUUAACCAUCUCGGCAAAGAGGAAGCAGGUGCCGAGAUUGUGCGUGUUGCGGGAGAGCGCGAGCUCGACGUCGCCGAAGCGCAAGCGAGCGAGAGUGCCAGCCAACGAGACAACUCAGACGCUCGCAAGCGUGCCAGCAGAAACGCAAGCUCGAGGAUCAAGAUCGAGCACCUCACUUCCAAUGAGACGUCGACAAGUUCAUUAAACCCAGCGCGCAACUCGGAUGGCGAUGCGGACGACCCUGCUGCAGAAGCCGAAGAGGAUGUCAUCGGUGAAACGCGUCAAGGCGAGCUCGUGUAUCGCGGAUCGAGUUCUGGUAUUGGUAUCUUGCAGCGUCAGCAUCGCGCCGAAUCACCAGCUCCGGGCGUGGGCGUGGCAGUUAGCCGUUCGGUGGCGUCUAGCUCAUCUGCGCCUUUCGCCGCACGAUCGCGCGAGACUCGUGGUACCGGCGACGCUGCCGCUCAUUCCAAGGCUCCCGUUUUUCUUCCUAUCUCAUCGCCUCGACCAAUUGGCGACAACGAAACAGUCAGCUCUCACGAUCGCUCUCCGCGCGUGAGCAAAACUACUCCGAGGAGGGACGCCACCAACCGCCAGGCCUUGUAUCCGGGCUCGAGUCGCGAUGGUCCCAGUGCUGCCAGUCAUGUCUCGAGCGAGGAUCCGAUCGUCUCAGAUGAGGAGAAUGACCGCCUCUUUCGGUAUUACUGGCAGGGAUUUCAUCCGUUCUAUCCGAUCUUGUACAAGCCAUGGUUCGCUGGUUUCUCGCGCAACGAACUGCGCAGCAGUCUCGAGCCUAGCCUUCUGUUCGCCAUCUACGCCAUAGGAGCUUGCGUCGUGCCUGGCAACGCAUCUCAAGGCUCGACGGCUCAGCCCGAGAUCUCGAAGCACAAACUCAACCUUGAGCGAGCGCAGCUUUUCUGUCAAGCAGCCGAGAGUUAUGUUUUCGCCAAGGGCUUGCGGCCCGACGUUGCAUCCAUUCAGACGUGCUGGCUGCUCAGUCUGUACUCGCACGGCACGGGGGACCUGUCGCGAGCAUGGAACUUUCAGAAUCUGGCGAGCUCGAUGGCGGUGGACAUGGGGUUGCAUCGCUGGCCCAUCUACCGUCCCGAGAUCGUGCAGGAUCGGGUUCAGCGUGAAACGCGCAUCCGCAUCAUCUGGCACUGCUACAUUAUCGACAAGCUGCUGUGUGCCGAGAUGGGACGUCCUGUGGGGUUGCGGGCGAAGGAUAUCGAUGUGCCGCUGCUCUCGGAGACCGAGGAUGACGAGUUCGAGCUGUGGUCGGAUCAGACCGAGAUGCAGUCGGCAGAGCAGGUUGGGGCGGGUGCAGCGUCGCUGCGUCGUCUGCAUGCGCCCUCGUGUCUCAACUGGGGUGUGCAUCUGUUCAAGAUUGUGGAACGCAUUCUGGAUGAGGUGCACUCGCUGCGACGAAAAGCGUUGCUGCGACGCCAAGGCAAAGAGCUGGUGUUGGCGGACCUGGAUCGACAGUUGACCGACUGGAAGGAGAAGCUGCCGCCGCACUUGCAUUUGGACGACAGCAGCAGCACCAACGACGGGCCGUUCCCGAGCUUCUUUGCGCUCAAUCUGUGGUACUAUACGGCGCGGCUGUUGCUGCAUCGGCCGUUCAUCCCGCAAGAAGAGGGGCUGGCCAUGUCCAAGGUACUCGAAAACGACAGUUAUCGACAGAGCACGCUAGCAGCCAACACGAUCUGCGAUCUACUGGAGGCGUCGUCGCGCGACAUUGUCGAUCGCCUUUCGACGGACUUGGGAUACUGUCUGUUUACGGCAGCGGUGAUGUUUGUGUUCAAUGCGCGGUUGCCGGAUUCUAGGAUUGCGAGCGAUGCGAGGAGGCGGUAUGGGCUGUGUAUGCAGUGGCUGAAGAAACUGGCGGAUACGUGGCCUGCUGCGUCGGCGCAUCGGCUGCUGUUGGAUGGGUUUGCGGUCGUGGGCGAGGACGCGUCGAAGCAGGGGUCGGACGCGCAGAGGCGGCGACCGAGCAUUGCGGCGCUGCAGGUAGCAUCGGGGACGGGGAUGGCGGCGUCAUCUAAGGUGUCGAGCUGGAUUGCGGAGACCGAGGGGGCGUUGCAAGGGGCUGGGGAGGAGCCGGGUCCAGGCGGGUCGGUCGAGCGGCAACAGGCUGGUGCUGGGCAGGCACUGCCGGGUCUACAGCUCCUGCAUCGUUUAUGGGGUUGA